AUGAACGUAGACGAAGGAGGGCAUGUCAUGAAGAAAGGUGAUGAGUUGGCUGUGUUGUGCCCAGGUACUAGAGUCUGGGUGGUAGUCCAAAACGAUGAGCAAACAUGUAUUUACAGUUCUGAGGAGUCUUCUUCUUUGCCUAUACUCUCUGCUAUUGAUAAUGUUAUUACGACAGGUCCUGGUGAUUACAGGACACACAAGGAAGUUAUGGCGACAGGUCUUACCCGGGCUAUACAAUAUACUCCCCCACCUUCCACCGCACAACCGGCAACUUCAUCCUUACCCCCCGCACCUCAUCCUCACCUCCACCAUCUGUUACCGCACAAUAUGCCGGAGUUUCCAAACGCACAAAUCUUGCUCUAG